UACAAAUGAUGCCAAGUACAGUAGUCACCGAUGUUCACGCGCUCCAUAGCCAUGGCGGUUCACUCUACUUCAACGCUUUACCUUGUUCUCUGCUUAUCAUCCACCGUUUUGCUGCUACUUUCUUCUUCUCAUGCACAAGCUCAGUCCCUCAAAUACUGUGAUAAGAAUGCAGACUAUGCUGUGAAGGUGAGUGGAGUGGAAAUAUUACCUGACCCAGUGGUGAGAGGAGUGCCGUUCACCUUUAAGAUCGCAGCUUAUACUGGUGAACCAAUUCCCAGUGGUGAUUUACUAUAUGAAAUUUCAUAUGCUGGGAUAGAAGGAGAACCUGCUACAUUUCUCCAUGAUCUCUGUGAGGAAGCACCUUGUCCUGUUCCUGCAGGCCACUUUAAGCUUGUUCAUACCGAAUUAUUACCCUCGGUUACCCCACCGGGCACUUAUAAUGUGAAGCUGAACUUUAAGGGUCAGAACGACAAGCUGUUAACUUGCAUUAUCUUUCCCUUCAAAAUCGGUUCUAAAUCUUCAGAGUCUGCAAGUGCUAUGUAGCUGUCCAGCACAAAACUGACCUUAUAAAUGGCAGUUAUGGUUUAGUUCUUAACCCUCCAUGUGAACUAGUGAAGUGCCAUGCUAUGAGUUAUAAAUAAAAUGUUUAUUUCCCCCAA